AUGUUGUGCAAGGUUACACUGAUCGCCGUCGCAAUCGCGCAGCUCUGUGUGGCUGCACCCGCGCAUCGGGAUGUUGGUAUCAGUAUCGCUUUGCAAAAGAACAGCUCGCUCACCACCGCCAACGGCACCUUCAACCAUGCUGCUGCAAUCAGGCACUCCGUUAAAGUCGCUAACAAGUACCGCCAGAACUUGAUCAAUUUCCACAAGAAUACUGGCCGCUUCCCCAAGAACGUCACCACUAUUCCUCCUCCCAAACUAAUGCCCUCGAAUCUCCGUCGACGUCAAAAUGAAUCGCUGGAGGACAUUGGGGAUGACACAGAAUGGGCUGGUACAAUCGGCAUCGGAACUCCCCCUACACCGUUCCUGAUCGACUUCGACACGGGCUCAUCGGAUCUCUGGGUACCCUCGUCCUCUUGCGCAGAUUGCGGGGCCCAUCAGACGUACGAUGCUACGGUGUCAUCUUCGAGCGUGGCUCUAGAGGGCACUUUCGAGAUCGAGUACGGGGACGGCUCGACGACAUCUGGUCCCAUCUAUACCGAUAUAGUGACCGUCGCGGGUGUCGCGGCUAGGAACCAAUCCUUCUCGGCCGUCACGCAAGAGUCCUCGCAAUUCUCAGAGGACACGAUCGAUGGCAUCCUUGGUCUCGCCUUCCCGGAUAUCUCCAACUUGGGCCAGCCGCCCUUCUUCCAAACGGCGCUCGUGCAAGGCAGCGUUCCCGAGGGCGUCUUCGGUUUCAAACUCUCGUCCAACGACUCUGAACUCUAUCUGGGUGGCACGAACACGUUGCUCUACACCGGCUCGCUCGAAUUUCACAACGUCUCCGAGGUCGGCUACUGGCAGAUUGGCGGGACGAGCGCUGUGCUCAACAACGACAAAGCCAUAGCGUCGGGCUUUGACACGAUCAUCGACUCUGGCACUACCAUCAUGUACGGGACUCCUUCCGAUGUUAGCGCUUUUUACAGCGCCAUUCCCGACUCGCAGGUCUUCGACCAGGCCAACGGGCUUUAUUCGUACCCCUGCGACUCUCCGCCCUCACUAGCGUUCAGCUGGGGUGGCAAUUUGUGGACGGUCAGCGAGGAAAACUUCAACCUCGGAGAGACCGAAGAAGGCUCCGGUCAAUGCGUUGGCGCGCUUUCCGGCGAGGACCUCGGCCUCGGGGACAACGUCUGGCUGCUCGGAGACAGCUUCAUGAAGAACGUUUACACGGCGUUUGAUUUUGAUCACAAGCAGGUCGGCUUCGCGGCGUUGGCUUGA